CAGUUACAAUCGCCGCAGCAACAGGCACCUCUGGAGACGACGAUCAGCAGUGCGGAGAGUGGAUCGAGCCAUCGACGAGCCAAAUCAGCUGAACGGAGUCGAUUAGCGAGUUCUGAGCCGAGCGGAUGGCGUUUGUCGCUGUCGAGAUCAACACGUUUCGACGUUCACGAUACGCGUGGUACGGAUGUCGGUGAUGCAUUCGAAGGUGUUUUGAUUAGGAAACAUACGUAUGAAUCACUUGACAGAAAAGCAUCGAGCAGGUCGUGGGAGAAGGUAUAUGUGGUACUGCGCGGAACACGUUUAGCAUUCUUCAAAGAUCAAAAGCACAAAGAAGAAGGAAUUGCGUAUCAUGGUGAGGAACCGAUCUCAUUGGAGGGUUGUUCAGUGAAUAUCGCCGCAGAUUAUACCAAAAAGAAGAACGUCCUCUCGCUAAGACUUCCUCCUGGUGCUGAGUACCUCCUUCAAGCCGCCAACGAGGAGGAUAUGGAGCGAUGGUUGCGACGAUUACAACUUGCAACUGGACAGUCUCAGGAGGAGGCAGCACGCUCUCAAACACUGCCGGUCGAGGGUGCAAAAGCUAAGAAGGGUGGCUUUUUCAGUCGGGGCAAAAAAUAA